AUGGCCUUUAACGAGAUUUCGGGAUCAUUCGCCGCCUUAAAUAUCCAGGAUAACACUGAAACGCAAAAACAGCUCCCCUUUUUCUGGGGCCCUUUCCACGCCAAUCGGGAACAAAUUGCUCCCGACGUACCUGCGUUUCUAUUCCGAAUUUGCUAUCCUGGUUCUUCUGGCAUAUUAUCUGGGAACUGGAUACUUUCACAGAAUGCCGCUCAACUCGACACGAAACUCGGCAGUCAAACAAAUAUGAACUCUCGACCAGCUGCAGAAGUGGCCGAUGCUCUCAACCGACAUCUCUGGUGGCUGCCGAAGAGCCUUGGGCAUUCAAACUUCGUCUCAUGGACAAGCUCAUUUUUAUUCGCGCUAAAGCUCGUCAUCUUAUUGCAACAUUACCGCAACCUAUCGCUUGAGCAGGUCCAUAUCGUCAUUAUAAAUACAACCCGAUUUCCUAAGUUGGUAUUCGUCCGGGACGCCUACCUCAUUGAUAGGUAUACCAAAUCGCUCAAAAAGGAUGCCAUAUCGUACAAGGACGGCUACCAGAAAAGCCUCAAAACUCUGUGGGGCAUGCGUCAAAUGGGUUACUACUUUGGCGAGUUCCUUUCGCAGGGGGCGCUUUGCAUUAAAGGCAAAUCCUCAAUUGUCUGUGCUGCAGAACUGGCCCGCCGCGGUAUUUUUGAACUACACCCGGAAUUGUUAAAGGAUCCUACUCAAUGGCCCAAAUGGGUCACGAGGAAGCGUCAGCAAUGGAACAGGGAAUACGCCAAAUUUCACUCGUCGCAAGGCAAACAACUGUCGGACCUUCUCGCCCCGGUCAGCAGAGAUUUCCAGCUUCCUAUGGCUGUUAGCCUCUUAUCCCUACAGGCUAGGGACCCCGCAGACCUUGAGCUCCUAAUCUUCCUUGCCCAAUUCACGGAACAUAUCGACUUGACCACGUUAAAGCAUAACGGUGAUCUCAUCUGGAAACGUCGGCGGUCCCUCAGCUAUGAAUCACCAUACGACUCCUUGGACCAAACUAUGCCCGAGCUACAACAAUCUCUCACCUUGGUCAAAAACGUGGCUUUUUUACUUGACGCAAAGAAAGAUUUCCUGUUUCUCGUCUCCCGCCUCGAAAAUGUUGUCAAGGCUAUCAGCAAAGUCUGUGCGACAACGAAGCAAGGAAUGGAAAAACUCAUCCUAUCAAAGAGCUAUCUUCGUCUAACAAACAGCGUGGUCAUUAACAUUGAGAGGUUCACUCGGAAACUGUUACUGGCAGUGAAUGGUCAAUCAUACACCACUUUCUUCCUUAUAACCAAUGGGAACGCCUUGGAACGUUUAAAAAGGCUGAAACAAGAUUCAAAGCUUUCAAAGAUACAAUUAUCGAAAUAUAUGUGA